ACUGCUCUGAUAUAUAUAUUUACAAAGAAAAACACAAUGGGAAACAAAGCAUCACACGAAAAAGCAAACGUGGUGGUUAGCCUGCGGGAGGACCUGUGCAGGCUGGACACCUUGAGGGUGUCCUACAGGGGCGGUGGCUGCCUCAGGAGGCGGCGGCAGAUCGCCUCCUUUACCUUCCCCAGCACCGGCUGGUGGAGCGCCGAGGGGAUUGCAGCGUGCGAGGCCGAGGGCGGCCUGAGCGUGCCGUUGGCCGCGCUCAAAAAGAAGGACGGCAGCAAGACCGUCCAGCUGCGCUGCAGCUCUGGCAGGAGGACCCUGCUGAAGGCCGCGAUGACGCUUGGGAAGUUCAUCGACAGCCUCGAGUUCCUGCACUUUUCGCUGCACUGUGACAGCCGAGACUCGAGGGUUGCCUACACCAGCAUGCGGUGCAACGGGCACCGCUGCGUUGAGGCGGCACGGCGUACUGAGGCAAAUGGCGUGAAAGACGUCAGUGCCCCCACCAAAGCUACGACUACCCCACCAGAUGAUGCCAGAGAGAUCACAAAAGCUUCAGUUAUCCCGGCAGGUGAUGCCAGACCCAUCACCAAAGACUCAGCCACCGAGGAAGGUGAUGCCAGACCCAUCACCAAAGACUCAGCCACCGAGGAAGGUGAUGCCAGACCCAUCACCAAAGACUCAGCCACCCAGGAAGGUGAUGCCAGACCCAUCACCAAAGACUCAGCCACCCAGGAAGGUGAUGCCAGACCCAUCACCAAAGACUCAGCCACCGAGGAAGGUGAUGCCAGACCCAUCACCAAAGACUCAGCCACCGAGGAAGGUGAUGCCAGACCCAUCACCAAAGACUCAGCCACCCAGGAAGGUGAUGCCAGACCCAUCACCAAAGACUCAGUCACCGAGGCAGGUGAUGACAGCCACAUCACCAUGGCCUCAACCACCGAGGUAGGUGGUGACAGCCACAUCACCAAGGCCUCAACCACCGAGGCAGGUGAUGACAGCCACAUCACCAAGGCCUCAACCACCGAGGCAGGUGGUGACAGCCACAUCACCAAGGCCUCAACCACCGAGGCAGGUGAUGACAGCAGCAUCACCAAGGCCUCAACCACUGAGGCAGGUGAUGACAGCCACAUCACCAAGGCCUCAACCACUGAGGCAGGUGAUGACAGCCACAUCACCAAGGCCUCAACCACUGAGGCAGGUAAUGACAGCCACAUCACCAAGGCCUCAACCACCGAGGCAGGUGAUGACAGCCACAUCACCAAGGCCUCAACCACCGAGGCAGGUGAUGAAAGCGCCCCGACCUCUGCCUCAGGUAAUAAGGUCAAUGGUGUGAAGGAAGCCAGUGUGGUGAUGACCCAGGCCUCGAACUGUGAGGUCAAUGACGUGAGGGAAACCAGCGGAACGGCCCAAGACUACACCAACCAGUCUCUCCGCCGCCGGAAGGUCAAGAAGCCCAAACGGAGCGCCCGCAGAAGGGAUACCGUGAUUCCCAGGAGACACGCAGCACCUUGCACAUGGACGGACGCAUUUGUUGACGUCACAGCGAUCUGUGCCGUCGUCGUGUCCGGCGUCCUGGCGUACUACACGUGCUGUUGAGGCGCCGCCACGCCCGCCCGGAGGCCUUGUUGGGCACGGGCAGUGAAACCUUUACGUCUUACUUGAGAUGAUUCUGGCACGGGCCAUUGUCUCAUCUCUUUCUCUAUCCCUAUCUCCAUUACUACUCUUUUUUGCA